AUGUCUUCGGAUAUUGUACUAGAAGAAGGGACCUUGAUGAAAGAAGAAGAACUCACUUUAGAAACCAAGACCAGUGGGACUGGCGGGCUUCGUGACAAUCUCAAGUCAUUGGCUGCUGGGGGUGUAGGUGGUGUAUGUGCUGUUUUAACGGGCCAUCCCUUUGAUUUGGUAAAAGUGAGAUGUCAAAAUGGUCAGGCGAAGGGAGCUGGAGAUGCAGUUGCAACUAUUUUGAAAGAGGCCAGGGCAGCUACCAGUGGUACGUUUUUAGCCAAUUCUGUGAAAGGGUUUUAUAAAGGUGUAAUUCCACCACUCCUGGGUGUUACACCGAUCUUUGCAGUGUCCUUUUGGGGAUAUGAUGUGGGUAAAAAGAUCGUUAGUCGUAAUGAGAUGGCUGGUACACCUCUGACGACUUCUCAGAUGGCUACUGCUGGUUUUAUCAGUGCUAUCCCCACGACUUUGGUUAUGGCACCUACAGAAAGGAUAAAAGUGGUGUUACAAACGUCUUCGAGUAAUUCAUUCGUUGAAGCAGCAAAGAGAUUGGUCCAUGAAGGUGGUGUUCAGUCUUUAUUUAAGGGUUCUUUGGCUACUCUUGCCAGAGAUGGGCCGGGGAGUGCCCUUUAUUUUGCAUCUUACGAGGUUUGUAAGAAAAUGUUAAAUAAGAACUCCUCGACUGGCGAUGAAAUCAAUAUCACGAACGUUUGUAUCUCUGGUGGUGUCGCUGGUAUGUCGAUGUGGCUCGUUGUUUUCCCAAUCGAUACGAUCAAGACCAAAUUACAAGCAUCUGCUGGACAGCACAAGCAAAGUAUGGUCGAAGCUACCAAAGAGAUAUACAGGAUUAGAGGGGGUAUCAAGGGGUUCUUCCCCGGAUUGGGACCUGCUCUGUUAAGAUCCUUCCCAGCUAACGCGGCUACUUUCUUGGGGGUCGAACUGACCCAUUCUCUAUUUAAGAAACUUAAUGUAUAA